AUGGCAAGACUCACUGACGAUGCCGGCGAAACGUUUGGGAAUGAGAUUCUUCGAGACCUGCAUUUUCUUCGUACAUUUCUUGAUUCAACGACAGCCUGGCCGACGAGUCAUCAUUCGACCAAUAAGCUGUUUAAGUGGCCUACGGCUCUUCAGCUCGAAAGAGACUUUUCGGAUCUCCCGAGAUUUGGCCGAAAGACGAAUUCUGGUCAAGUUGAGUUUACAGUCAAUCAUUUCUACUCUCCUCAUCCUUCCCUUCUUACCGAUGCUAUUCCCAUCCUCCCCCCUCCCCCCCCACUUUUUCACCCUAGUCCCUCAUCCAGCUUUACUUCUUUCUCUUUUUUUUCUCCUAAACCAGGCUCCACAGAAGACCAAGAGAACACCGAGUCUUUGGUUGGCAACGCACAAAAUUUGAUGCAAGCCGUCAUCGAGACGCUCCACGCGGCUGAGGGCGCCAGCAUUAAAAUGCGUGUUGACAGCGGCUUCAAGAUCCGUUGGCAGCCCAAGACGCCGUGGUACCAACAUGCCGCGUCGCCCGCUUUUCUUCCUGUCCCCGGGCAGGCAUCGGGCGGAAACCCGCGAUAUCAUUCACUGGCCUCGCAGACGCAUGCGCAGAUACAGCAGAGCGUCCAUUGA